GGUAUACACGAAAAUGGAGUCCUGACUGGAUCAACUAUCAAGUUGUCAAGUGGCCAUCCGGUUUCGGAUUGUUGUCGAGAUGCCCGAUUUUCUCGACCCGCUACUGGUCUUGCAUUGACAUCUACCGAAGCCGUCUCCGUACAGGCUGGACUGCCGUUUCAUCUUCGCCAUUCCGUCUCAAAACUAGCGUGGGUAUGUGUGUCUUCAGAGGUGGAAAUGCCGCCCCCCUCCUCAUCCUCUUCAGCCAAGUGA